CCCUCUUUUUAUAUAUAUCUCUCUCUUCCACUAAAAAGGUUCAAGCUUUAAGCUUUCUUUCACAAACAAACAAUGCUCCUCUCAUUCUUCUAUCUCUAUGGUAAAACUUGAAGUUUUGCACACAGAAAACACGCUCACAUUCUUCUUUCUAUCUCUCUAGUGCUUUAUUCAUCUUCUUUCUACCCACAAAGGUUCACAUGCUUCACUCUCUAUAAAACUCCAAGCUUUUCCUAUCAAGCAACACUUACUUCCUUCCACUUCUCUUCUCUGACCUCAACCAAAACAAAAAGCCAGCUCCUUUGUGAAGUUAUCUUCUUCUUUGCCUCCAUCUAUUAUUACCAUUGCACAAGCAGGAUCCACUUCCUCUUGUAUUUCCCUGCUGCCUCCAUGAUCCGAAGACACCAAUCUGUUCAGAUGGAGCAAAACAAGAAAAGAAAAGCGGUAAAUGAGGCUGAAAUGAUGUCUGUGUUCUCCUUAGAUGAAUUGAAUGAAGACUUGCUUGAGAAGGUCCUAGCAUGGCUUCCGGCUGCGAGCUUUUGCCGACUCCGUUUGGUGUGCAAAAGAUGGAACUCUGUUGCAACCUCUGCAACAUUUAAGAUUGCAUGCUCACAGAUACCAUGCAGAGAUCCAUGGUUUCUCAUGGUUGGCCAAGAACUCAACCAGUCUAUUGUUUUUGAUACAAGUGAAUGGAAAUGGAGAAGUAUCAGUCAUCGAAACCUCUUAUAUCGAAACACUGUCCCAGUUGCAUCAUCUGGUGGUUUAAUUUGCUUCCAAACGAUCUCCAGUGACUUCGUAAUCGGUAAUCCAUUGACCGGGGCCUGUCGUGAGCUUCCUUCAGCGGCCCCUACCAGCAGUGCUCAAACACUCCAUGCUGUUGCCAUGAAUUCAUCCCCCAAAGCUCAGUCUUCCUAUAGAAUCAUACUAGUCUAUAGUGAGUUAGCAAAGCUUACUCUCAAAGUAUAUGAUGCAUCAACCGGCUUUUGGGAAAAUGAGAUGAUGCUACAUCGAAAAGCUGAAAGCUCAACAAUGUCUGGCAUGGCUGGCAAUGAAACCAUUUACUUUCUUAGCAAAGCAGGAGAUGUUGUGGCAGCCAGCAUACAGAGGUGCUCAUCAAAGCAAUACUCAUCAGUACUAAUAAUCGAGAAUGGAGAAGAAGUGGUUUAUUUCCUCAGCCAUACUGGUUCUGUGAUAGCUUGUAAUGUUACUCAGAAGUACUUCUUCGAGUACCCGAGAUUGUUGCCAGUUUAUUCUGAGUACUCCAUUGAUGUGGUUGAUUGCAAGGGAGAAAUGCUGGUCGUCGUCUUGUCGGAGUUUUUAGAAAGUGCGAGUUUAAGAGUGUGGAGGUUCUGCAAGGAAGAUCGAGCAUGGCGACAAAUUGCUGCAAUGCCGCCAUGGAUGUCUCAUGAAUUCUAUGGAAAGAAGGCUGACAUUAACUGUGUGGGUUGUGGAGAUAACAUCUUCAUAUGCAUUAAUUCGAGCAAAUUCAGCAGCUGUGUCAUGUGUGAUGUUGUGAUCAAUGAGUGGAUUGAACUUCCCAAGUGUUUUGUGAACCGGAGACCGAUUGAGUUCGUAUCUGCCUUCUCCUUUGAGCCAAGAAUGGAGGUUUCUGUAUGAGUUAAUGUCUUCAUUCAAGCACUUCACUUGUUUGCUGUCAAUUGGAAUCAUUUGAAGCUUUUCAGCGGUGAUGAAUUGAGUGCUGAAAAAACAGCAAAAAAAGAAAAAAAAGUAAAAAAAAAAAACACAAUUGAGGUGAGUCAUCACUGAUGAAUUUUUCGAACCUUUGCUAUUGUUUGAAAGUAAAUUGAUCACUUUUCUGUCUUUUUUGUGGAUGGUUAGCAAAUGCUAGCCAAAAGUGAUUAAAGAUUAGGACCAGUUUCUUUUUCAUCUUUGGUUGAGUAUUUGGACAAAGUUGUGGUAAUAAAAGCAUAUUUGUUAGUUGCUUUC